AUGGCGAAAAGCAAACUCAAGAUGGCGCUCGCCGCCGACAAGGGCACCGACUUCAAGAAGUUGAAGGAGAAGCGCCAGAAGAAGGCAGCCCUCAAACGCAAGCAGGCUGAAGAAGGACCCCAGGACAGCGACGACCACAGUGGGGCAGAGGACGCCGAAGUGGCGCAAAUAAGCGACGAGUCUGAUGACGACGAGGAAUACGAGGAUGCAGAGGAGCAGAUUAACCUCCACGGCAUCGACGAGAGCGACAGCUCCGGCUCCGAGGUCGAAAUGGAAGAGCGCUUGCCACGCAAACCAAAGACAAUCCUGAAACCUCUCAAUGCUGCGAAACCGAUCGCCAGACCUGGAAAGGCCGAGGACGCCUAUAGUGACGAGGACGAGGAAGAGGAGGAGGACAUUCCCAUUUCCGACCUCGAAGACCUCGACGAAGACGAGAAGGAAGAUCUCAUUCCGCACACCCGCCUCACAAUCAACAACACGUCUGCCCUCAUCACCUCACUAAAUCGCAUCGCACUGCCGACCGACAAGUCCGUACCGUUUGCCACACACCAAGUGGUUGUCUCGGCCGAGGCCACGGCCGACUCCAUCCCUGACAUCCAGGAUGACCUCCAGCGUGAACUGGCAUUCUACUCGCAAUCGCUCGCCGCGGUGCGCGAGGCGAGGACGAAGCUACGCGCAGAAAAGGUGCCCUUCAGUCGGCCCAAGGACUACUUUGCCGAGAUGAUCAAGGAGGACGCGCACAUGGAGAAGAUCAAGGCCAAACUGGUUGAGGAGGCCACCAACAAGAAAGCGGCCGCUGAGGCUAGGAAGAUGAGGGACCUCAAGAAGUUUGGCAAACAAGUCCAAGUGGCCAAGCUGCAAGAGAGACAAAAGGCCAAGAGGGAGACGUUGGAUAAGAUCAAGAACCUGAAGAGGAAACGCUCGGAAUCAGGCAACGACAUGGGCACCAAGGAGGCUGACAUUUUUGACGUCGGUGUCGACAAGGAGCUCAGCAAGAACAGCACCGGCAGGUCUGAUCGCGCUGGUGCUGGUCGUGGCAGCAAGCCGAACAGCAAGCGCCAGAAGAAGGACGAGAAAUACGGCUUUGGUGGAAAGAAGCGCCAUGCCAAGUCGGGCGAUUUCGCUAGCUCAUCAGAUUUGAGCGGCUUCAGUGCCAAAGCGAUGAAGGCUAAGGGUGGGGUCAGUAAAUCCAGACCAGGGAAGAGUAAGAGGAAGGCCAUGUCAACUCGAUAG